AUGAUCCUAACUGCCCUGUACGGCACUCAGGAGAUAGCCAUGACCCUAACUGCCCUGUACGGCACUCAGGAGAUAGCCAUGACCCUAACUGCCCUGUACGGCACUCAGGAGAUAGCCAUGACCCUAACUGCCCUGUACGGCACUCAGGAGAUAGCCAUGACCCUAACUGCCCUGUACGGCACUCAGGAGAUAGCCAUGACCCUAACUGCCCUGUAAGGCACUCAGGAGAUAGCCAUGACCCUAACUGCCCUGUAAGGCACUCAGGAGAUAGCCAUGACCCCUAACUGCCCUGUAAGGCACUCAGGAGAUAGCCAUGACCCUAACUGCCCUGUACGGCACUCAGGAGAUAGCCAUGACCCUAACUGACCUGUAAGGCACUCAGGAGAUACCCAUGACCCUAACUGCCCUGUACGGCACUCAGGAGAUAGCCAUGACCCUAACUGCCCUGUAAGGCACUCAGGAGAUAGCCAUGACCCUAACUGCCCUGUACGGCACUCAGGAGAUAGCCAUGACCCUAACUGCCCUGUACGGCACUCAGGAGAUAGCCAUGACCCUAACUGCCCUGUAAGGCACUCAGGAGAUAGCCAUGACCCUAACUGCCCUGUAAGGCACUCAGGAGAUAGCCAUGACCCUAACUGCCCUGUAAGGCACUCAGGAGAUAGCCAUGACCCUAACUGCCCUGUAAGGCACUCAGGAGAUAGCCAUGACCCUAACUGCCCUGUAAGGCACUCAGGAGAUAGCCAUGACCCUAACUGCCCUGUACGGCACUCAGGAGAUAGCCAUGACCCUAACUGCCCUGUACGGCACUCAGGAGAUAGCAUUGACCCUAACUGCCCUGUAAGGCACUCAGGAGAUAGCCAUGACCCUAACUGCCCUGUACGGCACUCAGGAGAUAGCCAUGACCCUAACUGCCCUGUAAGGCACUCAGGAGAUAGCCAUGACCCUAACUGCCCUGUAAGGCACUCAGGAGAUAGCCAUGACCCUAACUGCCCUGUACGGCACUCAGGAGAUAGCCAUGACCCUAACUGCCCUGUAAGGCACUCAGGAGAUAGCCAUGACCCUAACUGCCCUGUAAGGCACUCAGGAGAUAGCCAUGACCCUAACUGCCCUGUAAGGCACUCAGGAGAUAGCCAUGACCCUAACUGCCCUGUAAGGCACUCAGGAGAUAGCCAUGACCCUAACUGCCCUGUACGGCACUCAGGAGAUAGCCAUGACCCUAACUGCCCUGUACGGCACUCAGGAGAUAGCCAUGACCCUAACUGCCCUGUAAGGCACUCAGGAGAUAGCCAUGACCCUAACUGCCCUGUAAGGCACUCAGGAGAUAGCCAUGACCCUAACUGCCCUGUAAGGCACUCAGGAGAUAGCCAUGACCCUAACUGCCCUGUAAGGCACUCAGGAGAUAGCCAUGACCCUAACUGCCCUGUAAGGCACUCAGGAGAUAGCCAUGACCCUAACUGCCCUGUAAGGCACUCAGGAGAUAGCCAUGACCCUAACUGCCCUGUAAGGCACUCAGGAGAUAGCCAUGACCCUAACUGCCCUGUAAGGCACUCAGGAGAUAGCCAUGACCCUAACUGCCCUGUAAGGCACUCAGGAGAUAGCCAUGACCCUAACUGCCCUGUAAGGCACUCAGGAGAUAGCCAUGACCCUAACUGCCCUGUAAGGCACUCAGGAGAUAGCCAUGACCCUAACUGCCCUGUAAGGCACUCAGGAGAUAGCCAUGACCCUAACUGCCCUGUAAGGCACUCAGGAGAUAGCCAUGACCCUAACUGCCCUGUAAGGCACUCAGGAGAUAGCCAUGACCCUAACUGCCCUGUAAGGCACUCAGGAGAUAGCCAUGACCCUAACUGCCCUGUAAGGCACUCAGGAGAUAGCCAUGACCCUAACUGCCCUGUAAGGCACUCAGGAGAUAGCCCAUUCAUUUUGAGUGAAGCUCUGGCCAGCAUCCCAAAUGGCAUCCUAUUAGUUAUAUAGUGCACUAUAUCAGCCCCUUGCAUGCAUUCAGGGAACUUCUCUCAAACCUGCAUUUUUUUACUAAUAUGAGUAUCUUAUCCUCACUGCUAUAACCUUUCCCUCUCCACUGUGUCCAGAUGCCUGGUGUUGAGUCUGGACCCCACCAUGACAGAGAGGGAGACAGAGGGAUGAGUUUGGACCCCACCAUGACAGAGAGGGAGACAGAGGGAUGAGUCUGGACCCCACCAUGACAGAGAGGGAGACCGAGGGAUGAGUCUGGACCCCACCAUGACAGAGAGGGAGACCGAGGGAUGAGUCUGGACCCCACCAUGACAGAGAGGGAGACCGAGGGAUGAGUCUGGACCCCACCAUGACAGAGAGGGAGACCGAGGGAUGAGUCUGGACCCCCCCAUGACAGAGAGGGAGACCGAGGGAUGAGUCUGGACCCCACCAUGACAGAGAGGGAGACCGAGGGAUGAGUCUGGACCCCCCCAUGACAGAGAGGGAGACCGAGGGAUGAGUCUGGACCCCCCCCCAUGACAGAGAGGGAGACCGAGGGAUGAGUCUGGACCCCACCAUGACAGAGAGGGAGACCGAGGGAUGAGUCUGGACCCCACCAUGACAGAGAGGGAGACCGAGGGAUGAGUCUGGACCCCACCAUGACAGAGAGGGAGACCGAGGGAUGAGUCUGGACCCCCCCCAUGACAGAGAGGGAGACCGAGGGAUGAGUCUGGACCCCACCAUGACAGAGAGGGAGACCGAGGGAUGAGUCUGGACCCCACCAUGACAGAGAGGGAGACCGAGGGAUGAGUCUGGACCCCCCCCAUGACAGAGAGGGAGACCGAGGGAUGAGUCUGGACCCCACCAUGACAGAGAGGGAGACCGAGGGAUGAGUCUGGACCCCCCCAUGACAGAGAGGGAGACCGAGGGAUGAGUCUGGACCCCACCAUCACAGAGAGGGAGACCGAGGGAUGAGUCUGGACCCCACCAUGACAGAGAGGGAGACCGAGGGAUGAGUCUGGACCCCACCAUCACAGAGAGGGAGACCGAGGGAUGAGUCUGGACCCCCCCAUGACAGAGAGGGAGACAGAGGGAUGAGUCUGGACCCCCCCAUGACAGAGAGGGAGACAGAGGGAUGAGUUUGUCUGUGCUGCUCCUCUCUGUCCUGUCUCCUCACCAGGAGGUAGGUAACUCUGCACUCUGCACAGCUUCACCGUAGGUCGUCUCAAAUCGCACCCUAUUCUACUCUGGGCUAAAGUAGUGCACUAUAUAGGGAAUAGGGUGCCAUUCUCUGGUCUAAAGUAGUGCACUAUAUAGGGAAUAGGGUGUCAUUCUCUGGUCUAAAGUAGUGCACUAUAUAGGGAAUAUGGUGUCAUUCUCUGGUCUAAAGUAGUGCACUAUAUAGGGAAUAGGGUGCCAUUCUCUGGUCUAAAGUAGUGCACUAUAUAGGGAAUAGGGUGUCAUUUGGGACACAUCCAGGACAUGUCCUGUGAGGCCUGGAGGAAUAUGAGCAACUGCUCUAGUUUCAAGUUUUAUUGAACAGGAGAAAGUAAGUCAGCUACAUACAGGGACAGUUCCAGGGUCAGUUCCAGGGUCAGUAGCUACAUACAGGAUCAGUUCCAGGGUCAGUAGCUAUAUACAGGGACUGUUCCAGGGUCAGUAGCUAUAUACAGGGUCAGAUCCAGGGUCAGUAGCUAUAUACAGGGUCAGUAGCUAUAUACAGGGUCAGUUCCAGGGUCAGUAGCUAUAUACAGGGACAGUUCCAGGGUCAGUAGCUAUAUACAGGGACAGUUCCAGGGUCAGUAGCUAUAUACAGGGUCAGUAGCUAUAUACAGGGUCAGUUCCAGGGUCAGUUCCAGGGUCAGUAGCUAUAUACAGGGUCAGUAGCUAUAUACAGGGUCAGUUCCAGGGUCAGUUCCAGGGUCAGUAGCUAUAUACAGGGUCAGUAGCUAUAUACAGGGUCAGUUCCAGGGUCAGUAGCUAUAUACAGGGACAGUUCCAGGGUCAGUAGCUAUAUACAGGGUCAGUUCCAGGGUCAGUAGCUAUAUACAGGGACAGUUCCAGGGUCAGUAGCUAUAUACAGGGUCAGUUCCAGGGUCAGUAGCUAUAUACAGGGACAGUUCCAGGGUCAGUUCUAGGGUCAGUAGCUACAUACAGGGACUGUUCCAGGGUCAGUAGCUAUAUACAGGGUCAGUUCCAGGGUCAGUAGCUACAUACAGGGACAGUUCCAGGGUCAGUAGCUAUAUACAGGGACAGUUCCAGGGUCAGUAGCUAUAUACAGGGACAGUUCCAGGGUCAGUAGCUAUAUACAGGGACAGUUCCAGGGUCAGUAGCUAUAUACAGGGUCAGUUCCAGGGUCAGUAGCUAUAUACAGGGUCAGUUCCAGGGUCAGUAGCUAUAUACAGUUCCAGGGUCAGUAGCUAUAUACAGGGUCAGUUCCAGGGUCAGUAGCUAUAUACAGGGACAGUUCCAGGGUCAGUAGCUAUAUACAGGGACAGUUCCAGGGUCAGUAGCUAUAUACAGGGACAGUUCCAGGGUCAGUAGCUAUAUACAGGGACAGUUCCAGGGUCAGUAGCUAUAUACAGGGACAGUUCCAGGGUCAGUAGCUAUAUAAACGCAAUGCCCUCGUUUGGGUGUAGGGUCUGAUCAGAGCCUGAAGGUAAGGAGGUGCCGUUCCCCUCACUGCUCCAUAGGCAAGCACCAUGGUUUUGUAGUAGAUGUAAGCUUCAACUGGAAGCCAGUGGAGUGUGCGGAGGAGCGGGGUGACAUGAGAGAACUUGGGAAGGUUGAACACCAGACGGGCUGCAGCGUUCUGGAUGAGUUGUAGGGGUUUAAUGGCACAGGCAGGGAGCCCAGCCAACAGCGAUGUCUAUGGAGACAUUGCUGUCUACUUAUCUAACACAGAGGGUCUUAUUGGUUCACUGUAACUCGAUGACCACCAGAGAUCUCUGGUUAAGUUCCAAAUGGCACCCUAUUCCCUAUAUAGUGCACUACUAUUGACAUUUUACAUUUUAGUCAUUUAGCAGACGUUCUUAUCCAGAGCGACAUACAGUUAGUGAGUGCAUACAUUUUCAUACUGCCCCCCCCCCCCCGUGGGAAACGAACCCACAACCCUGGCGUUGCAAGCGCCAUGCUCUACCAACUGAGGUACAGGGGACUACAUUGACCGGAACCCACUGGGCCCUGCACUAUAAAGGGAAUAAGGUGCCAUUUGGAACACAGCGUACGACCAGGAGAUCACAACCCAGAGUGAGUGCUGGGCGUGUGCUCCUGGCUAAGGCAGGAUUGAUCUAACCUACAGGCCUGAUAAGACUCACCUUCAGCAGGAUAAGUUAGGAGCCUCGUCCCAGCCAGAACGGCCCACAGGGCAGGAGUCUGUCUUCUGUUCGGGGCGUGACAGGCAGCUUCCGCGAGGGCAGAAGGCACACCACUCCAGGGACAAAUAUAGGAUUUUAUUUUAUUGAUUCGUAUUUUCUUGCCUGAGUAUUUUAUUUUACCUUCUGUUCCGUCCGGUUCCAGUAAACUUGUUGUUUGACCAUUGUUUAACCCCACAGUCUGAAGAAACGUCCGAUGGUGCUCAGUGUGCCAAACCACUCUAGCAGCACUGUCCUCAGAGUAACAAUAUAAAACCUGACUCGGCUUGGUCAGAACAUCAGAACAUCAGCUUGUUUCAACAUCAGAUGCGUGGUGCCGAGGACACCAAGGGAGAAGGAGAGAGGACAGACAAAGACCAGAUAGCUGACCCCACACACACCCCAGCCUCCUGCCAUGCAACCCACUGGAGAUCCACUGUAUAUCAGUUAUGAGUGUUUUAACUUGGAACUUUUCACUCCCCCACCAAGACUAUCUAGACCAGAUAGACUGCUGUAGCAGUGUGUUAUACAUGCUAACACACACACAAACACACACACACACACACACACACACACACACACACACACACACACACACACACACACACAAACACACACACACACACACACACAACACACACACACACACACACACACACACACAAACACACACACACAAACACACACACACACACAAACACACAACACACACACACACAAACACACAAACACACACACAAACACACAAACACACACACAAACACACACAACACACACCACACACACACAACACCACAAACACACACACACACAACACACCACACACACACACACACCCACACAACCACACACACACCACAAACACACACCACACACCCCACACACACACCACACACAAACAACACACACACAACACACAAACCCACCACAACACACACACACCCAACAAAACACACAAACACACCAUACAAGCACACAAAACACACACACACACACACACACCACACAACACAUAGCACCUCCUUAGCAGCAAGCGCAGCAAGGCAUUCCUGGGUGGAGCAUCACAAGGUCUGAGGGCUUCAUCACAGGCCACAAACCACACCCUACAACUCCUUAUGGUCUUUGCAGUGUCCUGGUCAAGAGGCCAUGGAUGUUAUGCAUUUGGACGAUCAAGUCUGGUUGACUUCAAUGUCUGUUCCAACGGCACCGCUCAUCAGACAAUAGGCCUUCUCUGUAGAGUGGGCCGUCACUAAGGACAAUAGGCCUGUCUGCUGUAGUGGGACGGCACUACAGGACAAUAAGGCCUGUCUGCUGUAUGGAGUGGGCAGCCUCUCACUAACAGGACAAUAAGGCCUGUCUGCUGUAGGAGUGGGCAGCCUCUCACUAACAGGACAAUAAGGCCUGUCUGCUGUAGGAGUGGGCAGCCGCUCACUAACCAGGACAAUAAGGCCUGUCUGCUGUAGGAGUGGGCAGCCGCUCACUAACAGGACAAUAAGGCCCGUCUGCUGUAGGAGCUGGGCAGCCUCUCCACUAACAGGACAAUAAGGCCUGUCUGCUGUAGGAGUGGGCAGCCGCUCACUAACAGGACAAUAAGGCCUGUCUGCUGUAGGAGUGGGCAGCCGCUCACUAUCAGGACAAUAAGGCCUGUCUGCUGUAGGAGUGGGCUGCCGCUCACUAUCAGGACAAUAAGGCCUGUCUGCUGUAGGAGUGGGCAUCCUCUCACUAACAGGACAAUAAGGCCUGUCUGCUGUAGGAGUGGGCAGCCUCUCACUAACAGGACAAUAAGGCCUGUCUGCUGUAGGAGUGGGCAGCCGCUCACUAACAGGACAAUAAGGCCUGUCUGCUGUAGGAGUGGGCAGCCUCUCACUAACAUGGACAAUAAGGCCUGUCUGCUGUAGGAGUGGGCAGCCUGCUCACUAACAGGACAAUAAGGCCUGUCUGCUGUAGGAGUUGGGCAGCCGCUCACUAUCAGGACAAUAAGGCCUGUCUGCUGUAGGAGUGGGCAGCCUCUCACUAUCAGGACAAUAAGGCCUGUCUGCUGUAGGAGUGGGCAGCCGCUCACUAACAGGACAAUAAGGCCUGUCUGCUGUAGGAGUGGGCAGCCUCUCACUAACAGGACAAUAAGGCCUGUCUGCUGUAGGAGCGGGCAGCCUCUCACUAACAGGACAAUAAGGCCUGUCUGCUGUAGGAGUGGGCAGCCGCUCACUAACAGGACAAUAAGGCCUGUCUGCUGUAGGAGUGGGCAGCCGCUCACUAACAGGACAAUAAGGCCUGUCUGCUGUAGGAGUGGGCAGCCUCUCACUAACAGGACAAUAAGGCCUGUCUGCUGUAGGAGUGGGCAGCCUCUCACUAACAGGACAAUAAGGCCUGUCUGCUGUAGGAGUGGGCAGCCUCUCACUAACAGGACAAUAAGGCCUGUCUGCUGUAGGAGUGGGCAGCCUCUCACUAACAGGACAAUAAGGCCUGUCUGCUGUAGGAGUGGGCUGCCGCUCACUAACAGGACAAUAAGGCCUGUCUGCUGUAGGAGUGGCCAGCCGCUCACUAACAGGACAAUAAGGCCUGUCUGCUGUAGGAGUGGCCAGCCGCUCACUAACAGGACAAUAAGGCCUGUCUGCUGUAGGAGUGGGCAGCCUCUCACUAACAGGACAAUAAGGCCUGUCUGCUGUAGGAGUGGGCAGCCGCUCACUAACAGGACAAUAAGGCCUGUCUGCUGUAGGAGUGGGCAGCCGCUCACUAUCAGGACAAUAAGGCCUGUCUGCUGUAGGAGUGGGCAGCCUCUCACUAUCAGGACAAUAAGGCCUGUCUGCUGUAGGAGUGGGCAGCCGCUCACUAACAGGACAAUAAGGCCUGUCUGCUGUAGGAGUGGGCAGCCGCUCACUAACAGGACAAUAAGGCCUGUCUGCUGUAGGAGUGGGCAGCCUCUCACUAACAGGACAAUAAGGCCUGUCUGCUGUAGGAGUGGGCAGCCGCUCACUAACAGGACAAUAAGGCCUGUCUGCUGUAGGAGUGGGCAGCCGCUCACUAACAGGACAAUAAGGCCUGUCUGCUGUAGGAGCGGGCAGCCUCUCACUAACAGGACAAUAAGGCCUGUCUGCUGUAGGAGUGGGCAGCCGCUCACUAACAGGACAAUAAGGCCUGUCUGCUGUAGGAGUGGGCAGCCGCUCACUAUCAGGACAAUAAGGCCUGUCUGCUGUAGGAGUGGGCUGCCGCUCACUAUCAGGACAAUAAGGCCUGUCUGCUGUAGGAGUGGGCAUCCUCUCACUAACAGGACAAUAAGGCCUGUCUGCUGUAGGAGUGGGCAGCCUCUCACUAACAGGACAAUAAGGCCUGUCUGCUGUAGGAGUGGGCAGCCGCUCACUAACAGGACAAUAAGGCCUGUCUGCUGUAGGAGUGGGCAGCCUCUCACUAACAGGACAAUAAGGCCUGUCUGCUGUAGGAGUGGGCAGCCGCUCACUAACAGGACAAUAAGGCCUGUCUGCUGUAGGAGUGGGCAGCCGCUCACUAUCAGGACAAUAAGGCCUGUCUGCUGUAGGAGUGGGCAGCCUCUCACUAUCAGGACAAUAAGGCCUGUCUGCUGUAGGAGUGGGCAGCCGCUCACUAACAGGACAAUAAGGCCUGUCUGCUGUAGGAGUGGGCAGCCUCUCACUAACAGGACAAUAAGGCCUGUCUGCUGUAGGAGCGGGCAGCCUCUCACUAACAGGACAAUAAGGCCUGUCUGCUGUAGGAGUGGGCAGCCGCUCACUAACAGGACAAUAAGGCCUGUCUGCUGUAGGAGUGGGCAGCCGCUCACUAACAGGACAAUAAGGCCUGUCUGCUGUAGGAGUGGGCAGCCUCUCACUAACAGGACAAUAAGGCCUGUCUGCUGUAGGAGUGGGCAGCCUCUCACUAACAGGACAAUAAGGCCUGUCUGCUGUAGGAGUGGGCAGCCUCUCACUAACAGGACAAUAAGGCCUGUCUGCUGUAGGAGUGGGCAGCCUCUCACUAACAGGACAAUAAGGCCUGUCUGCUGUAGGAGUGGGCUGCCGCUCACUAACAGGACAAUAAGGCCUGUCUGCUGUAGGAGUGGCCAGCCGCUCACUAACAGGACAAUAAGGCCUGUCUGCUGUAGGAGUGGCCAGCCGCUCACUAACAGGACAAUAAGGCCUGUCUGCUGUAGGAGUGGGCAGCCUCUCACUAACAGGACAAUAAGGCCUGUCUGCUGUAGGAGUGGGCAGCCGCUCACUAACAGGACAAUAAGGCCUGUCUGCUGUAGGAGUGGGCAGCCGCUCACUAUCAGGACAAUAAGGCCUGUCUGCUGUAGGAGUGGGCAGCCUCUCACUAUCAGGACAAUAAGGCCUGUCUGCUGUAGGAGUGGGCAGCCGCUCACUAACAGGACAAUAAGGCCUGUCUGCUGUAGGAGUGGGCAGCCUCUCACUAACAGGACAAUAAGGCCUGUCUGCUGUAGGAGCGGGCAGCCUCUCACUAACAGGACAAUAAGGCCUGUCUGCUGUAGGAGUGGGCAGCCGCUCACUAACAGGACAAUAAGGCCUGUCUGCUGUAGGAGUGGGCAGCCGCUCACUAACAGGACAAUAAGGCCUGUCUGCUGUAGGAGUGGGCAGCCUCUCACUAACAGGACAAUAAGGCCUGUCUGCUGUAGGAGUGGGCAGCCUCUCACUAACAGGACAAUAAGGCCUGUCUGCUGUAGGAGUGGGCAGCCUCUCACUAACAGGACAAUAAGGCCUGUCUGCUGUAGGAGUGGGCAGCCUCUCACUAACAGGACAAUAAGGCCUGUCUGCUGUAGGAGUGGGCUGCCGCUCACUAACAGGACAAUAAGGCCUGUCUGCUGUAGGAGUGGCCAGCCGCUCACUAACAGGACAAUAAGGCCUGUCUGCUGUAGGAGUGGCCAGCCGCUCACUAACAGGACAAUAAGGCCUGUCUGCUGUAGGAGUGGGCAGCCUCUCACUAUCAGGACAAUAAGGCCUGUCUGCUGUAGGAGUGGCCAGCCGCUCACUAACAGGACAAUAAGGCCUGUCUGCUGUAGGAGUGGGCAGCCUCUCACUAUCAGGACAAUAAGGCCUGUCUGCUGUAGGAGUGGGCAGCCGCUCACUAACAGGACAAUAAGGCCUGUCUGCUGUAGGAGUGGGCAGCCUCUCACUAACAGGACAAUAAGGCCUGUCUGCUGUAGGAGUGGGCAGCCGCUCACUAACAGGACAAUAAGGCCUGUCUGCUGUAGGAGCGGGCUGCCGCUCACUAACAGGACAAUAAGGCCUGUCUGCUGUAGGAGUGGCCAGCCGCUCACUAACAGGACAAUAAGGCCUGUCUGCUGUAGGAGUGGGCAGCCUCUCACUAACAGGACAAUAAGGCCUGUCCGCUGUAGGAGUGGGCAGCCGCUCACUAACAGGACAAUAAGGCCUGUCUGCUGUAGGAGUGGGCAGCCGCUCACUAUCAGGACAAUAAGGCCUGUCUGCUGUAGGAGUGGGCAGCCGCUCACUAUCAGGACAAUAAGGCCUGUCUGCUGUAGGAGUGGGCAGCCGCUCACUAUCAGGACAAUAAGGCCUGUCUGCUGUAGGAGUGGGCAGCCUCUCACUAACAGGACAAUAAGGCCUGUCUGCUGUAGGAGUGGGCAGCCUCUCACUAACAGGACAAUAAGGCCUGUCUGCUGUAGGAGUGGGCAGCCACUCACUAACAGGACAAUAAGGCCUGUCUGCUGUAGGAGUGGGCAGCCACUCACUAACAGGACAAUAAGGCCUGUCUGCUGUAGGAGUGGGCAGCCGCUCACUAACAGGACAAUAAGGCCUGUCUGCUGUAGGAGUGGGCAGCCUCUCACUAACAGGACAAUAAGGCCUGUCUGCUGUAGGAGUGGGCAGCCACUCACUAACAGGACAAUAAGGCCUGUCUGCUGUAGGAGUGGGCAGCCACUCACUAACAGGACAAUAAGGCCUGUCUGCUGUAGGAGUGGGCAGCCGCUCACUAACAGGACAAUAAGGCCUGUCUGCUGUAGGAGUGGGCAGCCUCUCACUAACAGGACAAUAAGGCCUGUCUGCUGUAGGAGUGGGCAGCCACUCACUAACAGGACAAUAAGGCCUGUCUGCUGUAGGAGUGGGCAGCCACUCACUAACAGGACAAUAAGGCCUGUCUGCUGUAGGAGUGGGCAGCCGCUCACUAACAGGACAAUAAGGCCUGUCUGCUGUAGGAGUGGGCAGCCUCUCACUAACAGGACAAUAAGGCCUGUCUGCUGUAGGAGUGGGCAGCCUCUCACUAACAGGACAAUAAGGCCUGUCUGCUGUAGGAGUGGGCAGCCUCUCACUAACAGGACAAUAAGGCCUGUCUGCUGUAGGAGUGGGCAGCCACUCACUAACAGGACAAUAAGGCCUGUCUGCUGUAGGAGUGGGCAGCCGCUCACUAACAGGACAAUAAGGCCUGUCUGCUGUAGGAGUGGGCAGCCUCUCACUAACAGGACAAUAAGGCCUGUCUGCUGUAGGAGUGGGCAGCCUCUCACUAUCAGGACAAUAAGGCCUGUCUGCUGUAGGAGUGGGCAGCCGCUCACUAUCAGGACAAUAAGGCCUGUCUGCUGUAGGAGUGGGCAGCCUCUCACUAACAGGACAAUAAGGCCUGUCUGCUGUAGGAGUGGGCAGCCUCUCACUAACAGGACAAUAAGGCCUGUCUGCUGUAGGAGUGGGCAGCCGCUCACUAACAGGACAAUAAGGCCUGUCUGCUGUAGGAGUGGGCAGCCUCUCACUAACAGGACAAUAAGGCCUGUCUGCUGUAGGAGUGGGCAGCCGCUCACUAACAGGACAAUAAGGCCUGUCUGCUGUAGGAGUGGGCAGCCUCUCACUAACAGGACAAUAAGGCCUGUCUGCUGUAGGAGUGGGCAGCCUCUCACUAACAGGACAAUAAGGCCUGUCUGCUGUAGGAGUGGGCAGCCGCUCACUAACAGGACAAUAAGGCCUGUCUGCUGUAGGAGUGGGCAGCCGCUCACUAACAGGACAAUAAGGCCUGUCUGCUGUAGGAGUGGGCAGCCUCUCACUAACAGGACAAUAAGGCCUGUCUGCUGUAGGAGUGGGCAGCCUCUCACUAACAGGACAAUAAGGCCUGUCUGCUGUAGGAGUGGGCAGCCUCUCACUAACAGGACAAUAAGGCCUGUCUGCUGUAGGAGUCGGCAGCCUCUCACUAACAGGACAAUAAGGCCUGUCUGCUGUAGGAGUGGGCAGCCUCUCACUAACAGGACAAUAAGGCCUGUCUGCUGUAGGAGUGGGCAGCCUCUCACUAACAGGACAAUAAGGCCUGUCUGCUGUAGGAGUCGGCAGCCUCUCACUAACAGGACAAUAAGGCCUGUCUGCUGUAGGAGUGGGCAGCCUCUCACUAACAGGACAAUAAGGCCUGUCUGCUGUAGGAGUGGGCAGCCUCUCAGUACUGUGUGGUGUGAUGCUGUGUGGUGUGAUGCUGUGUGGUUUGGUGCUGUGUGGUGUGAUGCUGUGUGGUGUGAUGCUGUGUGGUGUGGUGCUGUGUGGUGUGAUGCUGUGUGGUGUGAUGCUGUGUGUUGUGAUGCUGUGUGGUGUGAUGCUGUGUGUGAUGCUGUGUGGUGUGAUGCUGUGUGGUGUGAUGCUGUGUGGUGUGAUGCUGUGUGGUGCUGUGUGGUGUGAUGCUGUGUGGUGUGAUGCUGAGUGUUGUGAUGCUGUGUGGUGUGGUGCUGUGUGGUGUGAUGCUGUGUGGUGUGAUGCUGUGUGUUGUGAUGCUGUGUGGUGUGAUGCUGUGUGUGAUGCUGUGUGGUGUGAUGCUGUGUGGUGUGAUACUGUGUGGUGUGGUGCUGUGCGGUGUGAUGCUGUGUGGUGUGGUGCUGUGUGGUGCUGUGUGGUGUGAUACUGUGUAUGUCAUCUGGUACAGAAUGUAGAGUAGUGACCCAGAUGUUUGCAUCCCAAAUGGCACCAUGUCUCCUAUAUAGUGCACUACUUUUUACCAAGGGCCCGUAGGUCUACGUAGAUUAGUUCUUAAAAAUGAUAAGCUGUUUUACAGUAACUGGAAAGAUAUUGUGUUGUCAUAUUAGAUUUUCUUGAACCUUUAUUUGAACAGGGAGUCAUGCUGAGACCAAGGUCUCCUUCUCAGAGAGGCCCUACGAGCCCUUUAUUUGAACAGGGAGUCAUGCUGAGACCAAGGUCUCCUUCUCAGAGAGGCCCUACGAGCCCUAUUGAACAGGGAGUCAUGCUGAGACCAAGGUCUCCUUCUCAGAGAGGCCCUACGAGCCCUAUUGAACAGGGAGUCAUGCUGAGACCAAGGUCUCCUUCUCAGAGAGGCCCUACGAGCCCUAUUGAACAGGGAGUCAUGCUGAGACCAAGGUCUCCUUCUCAGAGAGGCCCUACGAGCCCUAUUGAACAGGGAGUCAUGCUGAGACCAAGGUCUCCUUCUCAGAGAGGCCCUACGAGCCAUAUUGUCUAAAUAAAAGAAGUCAGUGUUAUUGAAUUAAUAUCUGAUAUCUUGUGAUGUCAUUAAACCCUCUAAAAACACAUUUUUACAAUAACGCCAAAUAGUCUUAAGUAAUAUUCUCUUACCAUUAUUGAAAAUGACAGCUAAAAAAGUGCCAAGUCAAAAUACUACCCUACCAGCCUAGACCACUAGAUGGCAGGUUUUACACACAUCAACAGAGAUUCAUCCAGCCUGCCUCCACUCUCUCCAGCGCCACUCCUCUCUACCUUUGAUCCCAUUGGCUCCUGGAAUUACAUCACCUCAGCACUAAAUGUCAUCAUAUUCACUUAAUGUAGCCUAGCCCCCCCUGGACUGUGUAAAAUAUUAAGCAUGAAUUCAUUCAUUGGAUAUCAACUUCAUGAUGGGGCGGACUUAGUGAUUUGGAUGCCUCGUGCAGAGGCCAGUCUGAGUGGCUGAAACAAUCCGAGUGAAAGAGCACCUCUCUGUCUCCCUGUAUGUAGCCUAUAUGUAUCUGAUGCUGUCUAGCAUGCCAUGACAAAUAUUUGGCAGGUAGCUUAGUGGUUAAGAGCGCUGUGCCAGUAACCGAAAGGUCGCUGGUUCUAAUCCCCGAGCCGACUAGGUGAAAAAUCUGUCGAUGUGCCCUUAAACAAGGCACUUAACCCUGAUUGCUCAUGUAGGUUGCUCUGGAUAAGAGCGUCUGCUAAAUGACUAAAAUGUAAAUUUACAGUGCCUUGCAAAAGUAUUCGUCCCCCCUUGGCGUUUUUCCUAUUUUGUUGCAUUACAGCCUGUAAUUUAAAUUGAUUUUUAUUUGGAUUUCAUGUAAUGGACAUACACAAAAUAGUCCAAAUUGGUGACGUGAAAUGAAAAAAACAACUUGUUUCAAAAAAUUCAAAAAAAUAAAUAACGGAAAAGUGAUGCGUGCAUAUGUAUUCACCCCCUUUGCUAUGAAGCCCCUAAUAAUAAUAAUAAUAAUAUGCCAUUUAGCAGACGCUUUUAUCCAAAGCGACUUACAGUCAUGCGUGCAUACAUUUUUUUUUGUGUAUGGGUGGUCCCGGGGAUCGAACCCACUACCUUGGCGUUACAAGCGCCGUGCUCUACCAGCUGAGCUACAGAGGACCACAAUAUGAUAGACCCUAAAUAUGAUCUGGUGCAACCAAUUACCUUCAGAAGUCACAUAAUUAGUUAAAUAAAGUCCACCUGUCUGCAAUCUAAGUGUCACAUGAUCUGUCACAUGAUCUCAGUAUAUAUACACCUGUUCUGAAAUGCCCCAGAGUCUGCAACACCACUAAGCAAGGGGCACCACCAAGCAAGCGGCACCAUGAAGAUCAAGGAGCUCUCCAAACAGGUCAGGGACAAAGGUGUGGAGAAGUACAGAUCAGGGUUGGGUUAUAAAAAAAUAUCAGAAACUUUGAACAUCCCACAGAGCACCAUUAAAUCCAUUAUUAAAAAAUGGAAAGAAUAUGGCACCACAACAAACCUGCCAAUAGAGGUCCGCCCACCAAAACUCACAGACCAGGCAAGGAGGGCAUUAAUCAGAAAGGCAACAAAGAGACCAAAGAUAACCCUGAAGGAGCUGCAAAGCUCCACAGCAGAGAUUGGAGUAUCUGUCCAUAGGACCACUUUCAGCCGUACACUCCACAGAGCUGGGCUUUAUGGUAGAGUGGCCAGAAAAAAGCCAUUGCUUAAACAAAAAAAUAAGCAAACACGUUUGGUGUUCACCAAAAGGCAUGUGGGAGACUCCCCAAACAUAUGGAAGAAGGUACUCUGGUCAGAUGAGACAAAAAUUGAGCUUUUUGGAGUUAAGCUCAAGUUUUCAGUUUUGUUGUCUUAUUACUUGUUUGCAUCUUCAAAGUGGUCGGCAUGUUGUGUAAAUCAAAUGAAACAAACCCCCAAAAAUCCCCUUUAAUUCCAGGUUGUAAGGCAACAAAAUAGGAAAAAUGCCAAGGGGGGUGAAUACUUUCUCAAGCCGCUGUAUAUCAUUUACAUUUUACAUUUUAGUCAUUUAGCAGACGCUCUUAUCCAGAGCGACUUACAGGAGCAAUUAGGGUUAAGUGCCUUGCUCAAGGGCACAUUUACGUCAUUUAGCAGACGCUCUUAUCCAGAGCGACUCACAAAUUGGUGCAUUCACCCUAUAGCCAGUGGGAUAACCACUUUACAAUUUUGGGGGGGGGGUAGAAGGAUUACUUUAUCCUAUCCCAGGUAUUCCUUAAAGAGGUGGGGUUUCAAAUGUCUCCGGAAGGUGGUGAGUGACUCCGCUGUCCUGGCGUCGUGAGGGAGCUUGUUCCACCAUUGGGGUGCCAGAGCAGCGAACAGUUUUGACUGGGCUGAGCGGGAACUAUGCUUAUAUGGAUGUGUGUGUGCCGCUGUAUGACCAGACAGCAUCAGAUACAUGGGCUAUACAUACAGUGCAUUCGGAAAGUAUUCAGACCCCUUGACUUUUUCCACAUUUUGUUACGUUUAAUUAAUUUAAUUUAAUUUUUGAUUAAAUUAAAAAUGUUCCUCAUCAAUCUACACACCAUACCCCAUAAUGACAAAGCGAAAACAGGUUUUUAGAAAUUUUAGCACAUUUAUUAAAAAAUAAAAAACAGAAAUACCUUAUUUACCCUUUGCUAUGAGACUCGAAAUUGAGCUCAGGUGCAUCCUGUUUCUAUUGAUCAUCCUUGAGAUGCUUCUACAACUUGAUUGGAGUCCACCUGUGGUAAAUUCAAUUGAUUGGACAUUAUUUGGAAAGGCACACACCUACAUAAGGUCCCACAAUUGACAGUGCAUGUCAGAGCAAAAACCAAGCCAUGAGGUCGAAGGAAUUGGCCGUAGAGCUCCGAGACAAUAUUGUGUCAAGGCACAGAUCUGGAGAAGGGUACCAAAACAUUUCUGCGGCAUUGAAGGUCCCCAAGAACACAGUGGCCUCCAUCAUUCUUAAAUGGAAGAAGUUUGGAACCACCAAGACUCUUCCUAGAGCUGGCUGCCCGGCCAAACUGAGCAAUCGGGGGUGAAGGGCCUUGGUCAGGGAGGUGACCAAAAACCUGAUGGUCACUCUGACAAAGCUCCAGAGUUCCUCUGUGGAGAUGGGGAGAACCUUCCAGUAGGACAACCAUCUCUGCAGCACUCCACCAAUCAGGCCUUUAUGGUAGAGUGGCCAGACGGACGCCACUCCUCAGUAAAAGGCACAUGUACCUAUACUUAUGUAAAUGUAAUAUUUUCGUUGUUCUAUUUUUUUAAUACAUUUGCUAAAAUUGAGAAAAAACUAUUUUUGCUUCGUCAGUAUGGGGUAUUGUGUGUAGAUUGAUGAGGACAUCUUUGUAUUUAAUCCAUUUUAGAAUAAGGCUGUAACGUAACAAAAUGUGGAAAAGGGGAAGGGGUCUGAAUACUUUCCGAAGGCGCUGUACGCGUCCUCUGUAUCCAUGAUGAUGGCAGUAUUAUCAGGAUUCAUAAACAAUUUUGGAAGGCCUUUUUGUUCAACAAUGUGGCCUCAUUAAGCAGUGCACAGUGGCCAGGCAAAACCCCCUCCCUCCCCAUUUCCUUUGGAACUUUGAAGCUUCCUGCAGAUUUCGCUGCUUCUCGACCAACCUGCUGACGCAAGACAGAAUGAGAGUGAUGAGCUGGGCAGCCCACGACAGCGGCUCGUUUGUUGAGCGGGCCUCGAGCGGAAAAAUAAAACAUGAAUAUAUAUAUUACUAAUAUUCUGUAUAUUUUUUGAGUGCUCAGCUCACAAGGCCCCUUGAUGAUGUGAUAGCCUGAGGCAAUUACCUCUUCUGCCUGAUGGUAAGUCCGCCACUGGACUAAAUCAGUAGCUGGGGCUGUUUGAGGACCUCCAGGGCCUUUUCAUAUUCCCUUUUCCAGGUUGGAUGGCUGGAUGGAUGAAUGGAUGGCUGGAUGGAUGAAUGAGGCAACACCUUGUAAUAUACUGUAGGUCUCAGUCUGUCUGUCUGUCUGUCUGCCUGUCUGCCUGCCUGCCUGUCUGCCUGUCUGCCUGCCUGCCUGCCUGCCUUCCUGUCUGCCUGUCUGCCUGCCUGUAUGUCUGCCUGCCUGCCUGCCUGUCUGCCUGCCUGCCUGCCUGCCUGCCUGCCUGUCUGUCUGUCUGUCUGUCUGUCUGCCUGUCUGUCUGCCUGCCUGCCUGCCUGCCUGCCUGCCUGCCUACCUGUCUGCCUGUCUGCCUCCCUGUCUGCCUACCUGUCUGUCUGCCUGUAUGGCUACCUGUCUGCCUCCCUGUAUGGCUGCCUGUCUGCCUGUCUCCCUGUCUGUCUCCCUGCCUGCCUGCCUGUCUGUUUCCCUGUCUGUCUUCCUGUAUGGCUCCCUGUCUGUCUGCCUCCCUGUCUGCCUCCCUGUAUGGCUGCCUGCCUGCCUGUCUGUCUCCCUGCCUGCCUGUCUGUCUCCCUGCCUGUCUCCCUGUCUGGCUCCCUUACCUGUCACCAUGCCUGCCUACCACCCAUGCAGGCAGCAAACUACCCAUAAACCACCAGUGUUCUUCUGCAUCCCUCUUCUCUUUCCCAAUCCUGCUUCGUCUCAGCGGAGCCAAGAGUCCAUUUUCACUUGUCUCACACUCUUCCAAACGGUUCCAAGUGCUUCUGCCCCCACACAGCUCUCUCUCUUGCUCUGUAACAGUCUCCCAUAGCUGUCAGGCUACUCACAGACCACGGGGAAUGGAGCAUUUAUCUGCUCCAGUUUUUACAUUGUAUUUAUCGUAGAACAUUUGUAUGAUUUACAGCCGUUGUGAUGCUAUCUUCGUGGGGAGGUUGGGUGCAGAGCAGAGCUGAGGGGGCAUAUGACUUCUAAGAAAAUGAACAGGAUGGCUUCGUCCCAAAUGGGCCUAUCAGGCUCUGGUCUAAAGUAGGGCACUUUAUGGGGAAGGAGGUGCGAUUUGGGACACAGCCUAUAGUUUGAGUGUGUCGUUAACACAGAAGGGGGAUCCCAGAGGGAGUAAGGAUUCAUGGUAGCAGUGGAUGGGGCCUGUCCCUAAUGGCAACAUAUUCCCAUAGUGCCCUGGUCUAAAGUAGUGCACUAUGUAGGGAAUAGGGUGCCAUUCUCUGGUCUAAAGUAGUGCACUAUAUAGGGAAUAGGGUGCCAUUCUCUGGUCUAAAGUAGUGCACUAUAUAGGGAAUAGGGUGCCAUUUGGGAUGCAGACAAUGCAGCUGGCUGCUGGAGCGCCAUACGGUGUUGGAAGCGUCGGCAUCAUUGCUUCGCAACAAGCCAAACAACUGUAAUACUCUGUGGUUUAUGAACAGGAAAAGAUGGUAAAGAGACUGAUGUUAAAAGUAAAACGCUGCCACGUCGCUCUCCUCUCUCCUUGCCCACACAAGUAUAAAAACAGCCAGCGUUUCACAGAGGGGGUCUUACCUCGUAGGCCUAGAAGCUGGACAAGAUUAACAAUAGAGCUAGGUACUUCCAAAGUAAACCUUUUGGUGGAGACGAUUUCUCGGACAUUAAGCCAAGUCCUGGACUUAAAAGUUUAAGUAGAGAUUCUCCGAUGAGAAACUUUUUAGGCCAGAACUAGACUAAAUCUGUGUCCGGGAAACCUCCCCUUUGAGUCUUGAUACCACAAAUCUAGGAUUGUCUUUGGGGCUGUAUUAUUCAAUGCUGAGUGUCUUCUCUAGUCAAAACAGACAGGAAAGAGCAAGGUUGCAUCCCAAAUGCCACCCUAUUCCCUAUAUAGUGCACUACUUUUGACCAGGGCCAAUUAGGACAUAGGGUGUCAUUUGGAACACACUACGGAGGAUAGAGCAAAUAUUUGUCCCAGAAGUCACGCCAACCCCCUGUAUGAUGAUGGUGUAAUUAAAGGGAUAGGGUUGUUUUAAGUCAGAGGCUCUACUGGGCCCCGUGGUUAAGCAGUGGUGGUGGGUGGGGGUUGGAGACAUGCCCUUUGAGACACUCAUCUAGCUAAUGAGGGUUUUGUCACAAAUAACACCUCAGGUAGAGGUUCCGUGUUGUGGUGAGUGUCUGCUCAAGUCAGGGAUGGUUUUGGCCACUGACCAGCCGGGCAAGUAGACUCAAUCAUACUAGCCCGGUUUCAUUCGGGUCCAGAAUCUGUGCCAUGCAUGGAAUAUUUGACAAGACACAAUUUCAGUGGCCUGGUGGGUUUUGUUUGACAGAUUUUCUAUGAGCUCAGUCUGAAAAGUAAUUGUCGUAGUAGAGAUACCUGCGUGUGUGUCAGAGGAGGCUGUUGGGAGGAGUUAUAGGAGGGUGGGCCCAUUGUAAUGGCUGGAAUGGAAUAAAUUGCCUGGAAACCACAUGUUUGAUUCUGUCCCAUUUAUGCCAUUCCAGCCAUUACAAUAAGCCCAUCCUCCUAUAGCUCGCCCCACCAGCCUCCUCUAGUGUGUGUGUGUCAACUGGUUUGUUCUGCUUUGUCUGUGAGAAGGAGGCGGAGGUCAUGUGAUCCAGCCCAGACCAGUGUUUGUUAGGAAAAUAGAGGAAGGAAGAAAAAAGGUUGUAUUAUGUUUUUUUUUUGUUUUUUUGUCAUUUAGCAGACACUCUUAUCCAGAGCGACUUACAGUUAGUGAGUGCAUACAUUUUCAUACUGGCCCCCCGUGGGAAACGAACCCACAACCCUGGCAUUGCAAGCGCCAUGCUCUACCAACUGAGCUACAGGGGGACCCUGUUGGAGUGGAGUUGGGGAGUAUAUCAACAUGGAUACUACGUCCUAAAAGGUUGUAUAAUGUUGGAGUGGAGCUGGGGAGUAUUACAACACGGAUACUACGUCCUAAAUGGCUCCCUCGUCCCUAUUUAGUAGUGCACUACUUUUGACCAGAGCGCUAAGUAGUGUACUGUAGGGAAUAUGGAAUAGGGUGCCAUUUGGCGCGCAGACUGUGAGGGUCAGACUAAGGACAAACCAGACUAAGGAUAAUUGUUGUUAAUUCUCCCAGAGAUGUUUAAAGCUGCAAUCUGGGAUUCGUACAUCCAUUUUGGGAUUUUAAAUCAAUGAUACUGUAUUUAGACAUCGAUUAUUGAAUCCCAGAUUUCCCCUUUAACCAGAUCUGAGAUCCCACAGGCUUGGAGGGGUAAGGCCAAAUCAAACGAGGCACUUCUCCUAGCAGAGCACACACGCACGCACAAACACACGCACACACACACACACACAGACACACACACACAAACACACACACACACACACACACACACACACACACACACACACACACACACACACACACACACACACACACACACACACACACACACACACACACACACACACACACACACACACACACACACACACACACACACACACACACACACACACACACACACACACACACACACACACACACACACACACACACACACACACACACACAUUGCAUUCCUUAGGGGACCCUAAACCUAAACAACUUUAGUGCAUGGUCAUUAUUGCUCAGAGAUUUUUCCACGGGUGCGUCCCAAAUGACACCCUAUUCCCUACACAGUGCACUACUUUCGACCUGAGCCCUAUGACAGUAGUGCACUAUGUAGGGAAUAGGGUUCUUCUCUGGCACCACUUGACCAGCAGUCCACCUCCCUGCUUUCAUUGUAAUGCUGAUUAGGGAGUUUCAGGUGGUUUUAGUGGAAAUGUGGACUUUUAAGACCCAAGAGCAGAUUGUAGUGUCCCCUAACUAAUGUAAUCUACAGCCAACAGCCAUGGCUCACGAUGCAGAGGGGGACCUACUACACAUGUUAUUGCGAUGUGUGUGAGUGUGUGGAUGUGAGUCGUGGUGUGUUGUGGUGUGGUAUGUGUGUGUUGGUGUGUGUAGUUGUGUGUGUGGAUGUGUGGUGGUACUUGUGUGUUGUGUGUGUGUGUGUGUUGUGUGUGUGGUGUGUGUGGGGUUGUGUGUGUGCUUGUGUGUGUGGUGUGUGUGUGUGUGUGUGUUGUGUGUGUGUGUGUGUGUGUGUGGUGUGUGUGGUUGUGUGUGUGUGUGGUUGUGUGUGUGUGGGUCUGUGGUGUUGUGUCUGUGUGGUGUGUGUGGUCUGUGUGUGUGUGUUGUGUGUGUGUGUGUGGUGUGUGUGUGUGUGGUGUGGUGUUGUGUGUGUGUGUGUGUUGUGUGGUGUGUGUGUGUGUGUGUGUGGUUGUGUGUGUGUGUUGUGUGUGUGUGUUGUGUGUGUGGUGUGUGUGUUUGUUGUGUGUUGUUGUGUGUGUGUGUGUGUGUUGUGUGUGUGUGUGUGGUGUGUGUGUGUUGUGUGUGUGUGUGUGUGUGUGUGUGUGUGUGUGUGUGUGUGUGUGUGUGUGUGUGUGUGUGUGUGUGUGUGUGUGUGUGUGUGUACCUAUACUACCUAUGUAUUAACAGUAGUGCCUGGUCAUUGCUGAGAGAUUUGACCAACACCCUGAACAGUUGAACACUGGUUGACCCCAGUCAUCCUGAACACCUGAACACUGGUUGAACCCAGUCACACUGAACACCUGACCACUGGUUGACUCCAGUCACACUGAACACCUGAACACUGGUUGACCCCAGUCACACUGAACACCUGAACACUGGUUGACCCCAGUCACACUGAACACCUGAACACUGGUUGAACCCAGUCACCCUGAACACUUGACCACUGGUUCACCCCAGUCAUCCUGAACAUUUGAACACUGGUUCACCCCAGUCUCAACUGUAAUUCAGAUUAAAAUACCUUAAGGUGUUGUUCGUCACAAAAUGUAAGUUUUCAAGUUAAGAACAGAUUUCCCUGGAUUGAACUUUAUCCAGUAUGUGAUAAUGAAGAGACUGUCAACAACUAUAGAGAAUGUACCAGCUAACAACCACUUGACCAUGUGUUAACCUUUACCAUAUAAUUACCAAGGUGCUUUUCAUGUUAAUCUAAGUUGUAAAUCCAGAUUGCCCUGGCUGCCCACAACUAA